AUGGUACUGACCGAGGGAGCGGAUAAGCACGGGGUUGAUUAUUUGGGAUUAGUGGAGAGACAUGCUCCGAAGUCGGUUGCAAUAUCGUCGGCUCCCUUUUUGAGGGGGUUGUUUGCAAAUGAUCUUACUCUGAAAUUGAUCGGGCCCAAAGCAACGGACAAGGCGGGGUUGGGGUUGCUGAUGAGACUGGCUCGGAUGUUGGUGGAGGAGAGAUUCGGAGAGGGAGCAGAGGACAGGAAGGAUAUGUUAGGCUCGUUUGUACGGCAUGGUCUCUCUCAGCGUGAGUGCGAAGCCGAGGUCUUGAUCCAGAUCGUGGCCGGCUCUGAUACAACCGCUACCGCCAUUCGAGCGACAAUGCUAUAUGUCAUGACAACGCCGAGGGUGUAUCAAGCUCUGCAGAGAGCGAUUGAUGAGGGCAUCAAGAGCGGCAAGAUCUCGAAUCCAAUCACAGCCGCCGAAAGUGCCACACUGCCAUACCUGCAGGGAGUCAUCUACGAAGGACUUCGUCUCUACUCCCCCUUCACCGGCAUCCCGUUGAAGGUGGUCCCCCCCGAAGGUGAUACCAUCGACGGCAAAUUUGUGCCUGGUGGGACGAGAAUUGCAGCAAGCUUCUGGUCAACAGGACGGCACAAGGGCACCUUCGGGGAGGAUGCGGACCUUUUUCGACCCGAGAGGUGGAUCGAGGCCGUGGCUCAGAACGAGAAGAAGUUUGUCGAGAUGAAGAGAGUGACCGAACUUGUAUUCGGGUAUGGACGUUGGGGGUGUUCUGGAAAGACUGUCGCCUUUCUUGAGUUGAACAAGAUUUUCGUCGAGCUGUUGCGGCACUUUGACUUCCAACUUGUGUACCCUUAUGAGCCGUGGAAAGCGCACAACUACAGCCUGUGGCUACACAGUGAUAUGUGGGUGAGUGUGAUGAGGAGAGCCACGGCAAUCCAGGAGAGCAAGCCUAUCCAGAGUUGUACAAAGUAG